AUGCGAGUAGGAAGGAUAUGCGCCAAAGAUCGAACACCAAACCCUGAAACUGAAGAGAAUAGUCCCGCAGCACCAUCUCUUGUGCCGGACAGAGCAAACUCUGACAUUGGAGAGACUAAUUCUGCAGAAUCAUCUUUUGUAACGAACACAACAAAUCUUGACACUGAAGAGAACAAUUCUGCAGCUAACAAUGAAAUACCAUCGACACAAGAAUUUGAUUUUUUAACUUCCUUUCAAACAGACGGACCAAACCCAGACGAUGGAAACAACAAUCCUGGAUCGAUCGAUGAAAUACCGCAACAUUCCGCUUCUUUAAUGGGUGAAUCUUCAACUUCAAAUCAAAGCAAUUUUCAACCAACUGCGUCAUCCUCAACCACGCCACCUGUUUUUUCGCCUGAAAUUAUUCGGCCUUUUCCAAAGGCUCUCCAAAGAAAAACAAAAAGUUCCAGAACCAAAAAAUCGACCAUAUAUACAGACACGCCUGAAAAAGAGACGGUUAGGCAAGAAUAUGAAGAAAAAGAGAGACGGUUAAAGGCUAAGCAGGUAAAAAUAAAUCUUGCUGAACCAAAAGGGAAAAACAAAGGAAAAAGCAAAGAAAAGAAAAGGAAGACACCACCGUCGUCAUCGGAUGAAGAAGAGUAUUUCUGUAUAAUUUGUAUGGGCGCAUAUUCUGAAAGUAAGGCUGGUGAGAAAUGGAUCAAAUGCCAAGGAAAAUGUGAGCUCUGGUCCCACUUAGAGUGCGCAGGUGGUAGUCGCCAUUAUAUUUGUCAUAACUGUAAUGAGUCUGACUAG